GUUCUAUGAUCUCGCUGUGGAGCGCAGUCAGCGGUGGCAACGACUGGUAUCAGUACGCAGAAGUUCUCCAUGGAAUCAGUAUGGGGGACUUCUAUUUCCUCAUGUUCAACUUCUACAUUGCCUUCUGCGUUGUCGGACUCUUCAAUGUGGUGACAGGCGUUUUCGUCGACAGCGCGGUCUGUACCCGAACCGAAGAUGAGAUCGUGCAGGGCUACUUGGACGAGAUGAGAUCGAUGACCGAGUCCAUCAAGGGCUUCCUCAAGAAGGCCGACAAGGAUGCCUCAGGCACGCUGACCUACGAGGAGUUCCAAGCGCACAUGGCAAAUCCUGUCGUGAAGGCGUACUUUUCGGGACUGGACAUCGAUCCGGAUGAGACAAAGAUCAUCUUCACCUUGCUGGACUCCGACUGCAAUGGUGACAUCGACAUAGAGGCGACGAAGCUGGAUAUCAUGGCACUGAUGUACGAUACAACGCAGAAGCAGAGCAUGAGGUUCGAAGCCCUUUGCGACUUCUUGGAGAGUCAGAUCUCUGAUAUUGUCGAAGCCCUCCCUGUCGAGCAAACUGACUCCAGGUAUCAUGUCAGGAAUCCUGUGGCCUAUGGAUUUCGGAUUUCCUACACCGACCUGGCUUGUUUCGUGUGCAUCAAUGCCUCAUUUUCCGAGAUCGUCAUUUGGUUUAAAGAGAUGCCCUCCGCGGACACUUUGGCAGUCCCCACAAAGCAGAAGAUGCAGCAAAGCGCAGAACCACCGAAACCUGAUGUCCUAAGCCAGCCCCAACUCUUGGAGCCUCCUCAUGCGAUGUUCCCCAGCGCCGUGGUGUCACCUGGGCCAGUUCAUUCCAGGCCGCCCUGCGAAGCGAGAAUCCAACACCGGGCACUGCGACGGUUUCCGGCGGCACGCAUCACGCCUUUGUGGCUGUGCCCCGCUUGUUUCGCUCUCCGGCGCCCAGAAAGGGCGCGAGGACAGGGCUGCCAAGCCGUGGCGGUGGAUGUAGAGGAGCCGACCGAAGCCGAGCGACUCGCUGAGGCUUUUGCACAGCAGCUCGGCGCAGCAGAAAGAGGCUCAUCCGACUCUGCUGGCGUCCAGCGCGCCAAAGAGGAAGCGCUGGAAGAUGCCGCACAGCUGCAGCAGCUACUCUGGCGAAAGGCGCACCCCGAGCGCGCCAAGGAGUACGCAGAAGCCGCAGCGAGCGGCGAGAAGCGGCUUUUCGAAUUCGAGGACCAGGGCACAGUGAAUGCCUUGCUGAAUGCCUUCGUCCGGGACGUCCGCGUGAAAGCCCAAAGCAUAGACCGAGAGGUGCCGCCAGGCGUGGAAUCCAAAGUGGUCCACCUUUUGCGCCACGGUCAAGGCUUUCACAACAUGCUGGAAGGGUUCGAAGGCAUGGAGGGCAUCGUGAGCCCUGAGACAACCCAGGUCGAAGUCGUCGAUGGGAAGCGGUGGUUUAUCUGCGAGUCUUUCGACAAGCUCUUCAGGUCUGAGCAUGGACCGCGUACCGUGGUGGGCCUGCAACUCUAUGGCGCGAUUAGCUGCCGCAUCGCGACCAGCCGAGACUACGGCGCCACCUGGGCUACCGUGCCACAGGCGACGAUCGCCGCGUCGGGGACGACCAGGCGAAUCAUGUUCCAGAAGCCGGUGGCCUGCACUCAUGCGGCGGGCUUGGCAGUUAGACUCAGAGUUCGAGGUUCGGGCUCCAGCGAAGGGAAAGCGUCACCCUGCCGAAAAUCACGGCCCCCCCUUUUGCCCCCCAGGUGA